AACUCUACGACAGUCGGCCAAACAAAUCGAUAGAUUUCUUCACCUGCGCUACUGCAGACUUGAUUACUUGCGUACAAUAGCUUGUGAAAAAUCGAGCAACCAGUCGCACGUUUCUAGUGCAAAUCCAACUAAGUCGACAAAAGGAUGGAGUGGUCGAAAGACAAGACGUUGAAACUCAUCGAGCUACUGCAAGUGAACGCCACCCUUUGGAAUCCAAGUUUAUGUGACACACGACGAGACAAACAAAAGCGUAAAGAGGAACUGCGCUCCAUAUCUGAUAUUCUUGGCGUAUCUUUACAUGAUCUGACGAAAAAAGUCCAGCAUCUACGCACGCAGUACAAUAGAGAGUCGGUCAGAGAAGCAAGAGCAAACGCCGAGGAGCCAAAUGAAAGAUACGUCAGCAACUGGUAUGCUUUUGAGUUUCUACACUUUAUGAAAGACUCAAACAAACCUUAUAGACUCUUACAAUCGGAGGACCAUGCAGAACUUAAUGGGGGCCUACCAACGCACCCUAGCAACUCUCUUAGUGACUGCAAGACAGAACCAGUGCACACUGUCAAAUCCGAACUUGUAUAUCCAACGUCUCCAAGAAGAAGGGAUGAAUUCUCCGUCUUUGGAGAAUACAUAGCCAAUGAGCUCAGAUCUCUUAAAGGAGAGAAAAAUUUACUAGUAGCAAAGAAAAAGAUACAGGAUGUUAUAUUUGAAGUGAAAAUGGGCAUGAUCUGUGAACCACGGGCUGAGGCAACAGCACCUAUUUACACUCACAAUACUAAUAUUCAGGGUGGGAAGAUCUUUACAACUCCUGUGAUGAGUACUUCAACACACAUAGAUCCUUUAUCGACAACACACACUCCACCAACAUCUGGCAUCAGUGAAAUCAUUAUAAAUGGGGCUUGCCACUAUACCAAUUUUAAAGUUGACAGUCAAUAGCAGUGCCAUCCACUUCCUGAGGAAGUGGAUAAAAAUGAAACUUAUUCUCUAAGAAAUUGACUUACAAUUCUAGUUUUAAUCAAUUCAGUUUAUGAACAAAUGAAUUUUUUAGUUUCACUGAAUGUUGAAAUACCUUCUAAGGAUUAAACUACUUGUUGAUAGAAGCAAGCUCAUAAAUUUGGUCUCGACUGUAAUCAAAUCAAUAUAAAAAAUAUAGAAAACUGAACUGCUAAAAUGGUGUCAUGGUGCUACACCUAUUUUAGAUAAAAAAUAAGUCCCUAAAUGCAGCUGGCUGUAUUUUAACCGAUUCUAUUUGUGUAAUUACAAUGUAAUUAAGUGUAUUUUAUUUUUAAUAAACUAAUAUGAUAAUUAUACUUACUAGACAUUUUCAGUCUUGGCUUAAAAUUACUCAUUAUAUAAUCUACCUAUUAUGAUAGAAGAAUUUAUUAUCUGAUAUUUUUAAAGAUCUGUAUAUUCAAUAAAAUAAUCCAUACAUUAGUUAGGCUAGACAGAUUAAUAAUGUAUUUAGUUACAUAUACUUUAGGUUCUAUGAAUUUUGUGCCAUUGAUAUAUUAUAAAGUAUUAAAAUUUCUCUUUUGAGAUUGUAAUUUAAAUGUUAUGAACUUAGUUAAUUGUAAACGACAGUACACUAGUGCUACCGGUAGUGUCUUUGCCAAAAAAUAAUCUUAUGAUGAAGGUUUUUUAAUAAAUGCCGUAAAUU